UUGUUUCCACGUGUCCGAGGAUAAUAUCGUUAAACGCUCGGUUUUUUUUUUGUUUCUCUGGUGAAAAUUUGCAUUAAACGUUGUGUUUUUAUUUGUGUUUUUCUGGAAUCGAUUUUUAAACAAUGGGUAAAGAUAAAAAGAAAUCCAAACAACAACAACCAACAACAGCAGCAGCAACAAAAAUUGUUGUUGAACCGAAUAAAAAAACUGAAAAUGUUGUUGCCGCUCCUGCUCCCGUUGAUGUUAAAAUUGAUUCGGUUCAAGUAAAGCCAACAUCGUCGACAGCUAAAGAAUCAUUGCCAAAAGAAUCCAGUUCGAAAAAUAUUUCCUGUAAAGAUGAAGGAAAAUAUUUUGAAUUAGAAGGUGCCAAAAAUGGACAAGUUAUUGUUAGAUUUCCACCCGAAGCAAGUGGUUAUCUACAUAUUGGUCAUGCAAAAGCAGCAUUAUUAAAUGCACAUUAUCAACAAACAUAUAAUGGUCAAUUAGUUUUUCGUUUUGAUGAUACAAAUCCGGAAAAGGAGAAAGAAUCAUUUGAAAAGAUAAUCGAAGGUGAUGUAGAAUUAUUGGGUAUAAAACCAGAUCGAAAAACCUAUACAUCGGAUUAUUUUGAUUUAAUGUUAAAAAAAGCUGAAGAAAUGAUACGUUCUGGUUUAGCUUAUAUUGAUGAUACUAAUCCAGAACAAAUGAAAAAAGAACGUGAAGAACGUAUUGAAUCCAUUAAUCGUUCGAAUACAAUGGAAAAAAAUUUACAAAUGUGGAAUGAAAUGAUCGAUGGAACGCAGAAAGGACAAACAUAUUGUUUACGUGCUAAAAUUGAUAUGAAAUCUGAUAAUGGUGCAAUGCGUGAUCCAACCAUUUAUCGUUGUAAACCACAAGAACAUCCACGUACUGGUAAUAAAUAUCGUGCUUAUCCUACAUAUGAUUUUGCUUGUCCAAUUGUUGAUAGUAUUGAAGGAAUUACACAUGCAUUACGUACAAGUGAAUAUAUGGAUCGUGAUAUACAAUAUUAUUGGUUUUGUGAUGCAUUAAAAAUACGAAAACCAAAAAUUGCUGCUUAUUCACGUCUUAAUCUUAUGCAUACUGUUUUAUCUAAACGUAAACUGACAUAUUUUGUUGAACAAGGUUUAGUUGAUGGUUGGGAUGAUCCACGUAUGCCAACAGUUCGUGGAAUAUUACGUCGUGGUUUAACUGUUGAUGGAUUGAAAAUGUUUAUUGCUGCACAAGGUUCAUCAAAAGCUGUUGUUGUUAUGGAUUGGGAUAAAAUAUGGUCAUUUAAUCGUAAAGUUAUUGAUCCCGAUGCAUUACGUUAUUCAGCUGUAGAAUGUUUGGAUGCUGUUCCUGUUUUGAUUGAUGAUGAAAUUCAACCGAAUCAAACAAUAUCGGCUGCUUUACAUCCAAAAAAUUUAGAUUUAGGACAACGACAAGUACCGGUUGGUAAACGUUUAUGGAUUGAUCAACAAGAUGCACAACUUAUUCAACCGGAUACUAUUGUUACAUUUAUUCAAUGGGGUAAUUUGAAAAUAACCAAUGUGAAACGUUCACCCGAAGGUUCGGUAAUCGAAAUCAAAGCAAAAUUAAAUUUGGAUAAUAAAGAUUUUAAAAAAACAAUGAAAGUAACAUGGUUAGAAGAUCAAACAAAAAUAUCAGCAUUAUUGGUUUAUUAUGAUAAUAUUAUUAAGAAACCAGUACUUGGAAAAGAUGAUGAUUUUAAAGAAUUUUUAAAUCAUGAUUCAAAAAUGACUAUUGAAGCAUUUGUUGAUGGUGAUUUAACCGGUUUACCAAAAGGUCGCAUUAUACAGAUUCAACGAAAAGGUUAUUUUAUUUGUGAUCGACCAUAUGAUAAAUCAGCAGUGGAUUUUUGUGGUAAACCAGGACCAAUUCAUUUGAUUUCAAUACCUGAUGGUAGUACUGAUUUGAAUAUAUUUCCCAAACGUAUACAAGAAUGGAAAAAGAAAAAUGUUUGGAUUGAACCUCCAGCAGUUUCUUCUUCUUCUUCUUCAACGGUUCAAAAUUCGAAAACUAAUAGCAACAACAAAGAAACAUCGAUUGUUGAAUUGGAUUGUUUGUUACGAAAACAAGGUGAUUUAGUUCGACAAUUAAAAUCAACGAAAGCAACAAAAGAACAGAUUAAAAUUGAAGUUGAUAAAUUACUUUCAUUGAAAAAUCAAUUUAAACAACAAUCAGGUGAAGAUUGGAAUGUUGAUUGGAAACCAAAAACAGCAGCUGCAGUGAAUGAUUCGAUACCGGUAAACAGUGGUGCAGGUGGUGAUGAAGAUGCUAUCGUUAUUGAUAAUCAAAUCCGUCAACAAGGUGAUAAAAUUCGUAAAAUGAAAGCUGAAAAAGUAGAGAAAAAACAACUGGAAUCUGAAGUACAGUUAUUAUUGAAAUUGAAAAAUGAAUUUAAACAAAAAACUGGACAAGAUUGGAAACCAAAUGAUUCAUCAACAGCAUCGGGUAAUCAACCACCGAAAUCAUCAUCAUCGUCGACGACUGACAAAAAUAAAACAAAAACGGAAAAAUCUUCAGCACCGCCACCGAAAUCUUCUGGUAAAGAGAAUAAAAAUCCAAAACAACAGCAGCAACCAAAGCAACAACAACAACAACAAGAUACAGGAUCAAAAUCAAUAAAAAAACAAACACGUUUAGGUAUUGAAACCAGAAAAAAUGAAAAUUAUUCUGAAUGGUAUACCGAGGUGAUAACAAAAGCUGAAAUGAUUGAAUAUUAUGAUGUAUCGGGUUGUUAUAUAUUACGUCCAUGGUCCUAUUCAAUAUGGGAAUCUAUUCAACAAUUUUUUGAUAAAUGUAUUAAACAAUUAGGUGUUGAAAAUUGUUAUUUUCCAAUGUUUAUAUCGAAAAAUGCAUUGGAAACAGAAAAAACACAUAUUGCUGAUUUUGCACCAGAAGUUGCAUGGGUAACAAAAUCUGGUUCAUCUGAUUUGGCUGAACCUAUUGCUAUACGGCCAACAUCCGAAACAGUAAUGUAUCCAUCAUAUGCAAAAUGGAUACAAUCAUAUCGUGAUCUACCAAUACGAUUGAAUCAAUGGUGUAAUGUUGUACGUUGGGAAUUUAAACAACCAACACCAUUUUUACGAACCAGAGAAUUUUUAUGGCAAGAAGGACAUUCAGCAUUUGCAACUGAAAAACAAGCACUGGAAGAAGUUUAUGCAAUUUUAGAUUUUUAUGCUGAUAUUUAUGAAAAACUAUUAGCAAUACCGGUUAUAAAAGGACGUAAAACUGAAAAGGAAAAAUUUGCCGGCGGUCAAAUGACAACAACAUGUGAAGCAUAUGUACAUGUUAAUGGUCGUGGUAUACAAGGUGCUACAUCACAUUAUUUAGGACAAAAUUUUUCCAAAAUGUUUGAUAUACAAUUUGAAGAUCCAGAUAAACCGGGUGAAAAAUGUUAUGCAUAUCAAAAUUCAUGGGGAAUAUCAACACGUACUAUUGGUGCUUUAAUAAUGAUACAUGGUGAUGAUAAAGGAUUAGUUUUGCCACCACGUGUUGCAUGUAAACAAAUUGUAAUUAUACCAUGUGGUAUAACGGCAACAACAACCCCAGAAGAAAAAGAAAAAUUAUUAAAUAAAUGUCAUUGGUUGAAAUCCCGAUUAUUGGAUGAAAAUAUUCGUGUACAAUUAGAUGUGAAUGAACAUCAUUCACCUGGUUGGAAAUUUAAUCAUUGGGAACUGAAAGGUAUACCAAUACGUAUUGAAUUAGGACCAAAAGAUUUACAACAAGAAAAAUUUAUAGCCGUUAGAAGAGAUACGGGUGAAAAAUUAUUUUAUAAUUUAAUGGAUGUAAAUAUUGAAAUGAAAAAAUUAUUGGAACAAAUUCAACAGGAUAUGUUUGAACGUGCAAAAAAGAUAUUACAAGAUAAUAUUUGUAUAACUGAAAUAUGGCCAACGUUUUUAGAACGUUUAGAUCAAAAAUCAAUAAUAUUAUCACCAUUUUGUGGCCGACAACAAUGUGAAGAUCAAAUUAAAAAAGAUUCAGCUAAAGAUGAUAUUUUGGAAAGUGGUGGUAGUGCACCAUUAAUGGGUGCAAAAUCAUUAUGUAUCCCAUUGGAACAGCCAAGAAAAUUAACCGAAAAUCAAUUAUGCAUACAUCCGGAUUGUAAACAAUUGGCUAAAUUUUAUACAUUAUUUGGUCGUAGUUAUUAAAGAAGAAGAAGUGGUGGGGGGAGAAUUGUAAUUUGAUUUUUACAAAACAAAAUUAUUUUCACUCAAUUUUUGAAAUAAAAUUA